AUGUGGUGGGACGAUUUAUGGUUGAACGAAGGUUUUGCCACGUACAUGGAACACAUCUCAUUGGACGCAAUCACAAAAGGCGUCAUGAGACUGAAAGACUACUUCCUCGUCGACACGCUGGAAAGAGCUCUGCAAGCGGAUUCAGUAGCCUCCAGUCAUCCGUUGUCCUUCAAG